AUGGCAAGCUUCACUUGUAAAAUGACCCUUGACGACACCGCAAAAGAAACGUCUCCUCUUCGAUUCUCGGACGUCGGUGCAGUGCCCAAUCGAAUGUUUGCACCGAUCGAAGGAUAUGAACAUCUGCCACUUGUCUCACUUGAGCAGGCUGUCGAGCCUCUCGUUAACAUUGUGCCCAAAGUACAACGCAAUGUUUUUAUAGUAAAACAGAAUUGUCAACAUCCAGAAGAUGGUCUAACGAGCGAUGAAUCUGCCUCAAUUAUGUUGUACACCUUCGAAUCGAAACCACAUGAAUCCUCAUUGUAUGUCAUUCUGAAUGCAGCUUUGCGCUUAGAAAAACGAGAACAAUUAGUUCCAUGGUUUCUUUAUCUCCGGCUUAUUUUGACAGCACUGGGAAAGCUUCCCUCAGAGCGUCGUUUUGUUGUUCGAGGAGUCAAAGCCGAUUUAAGAGCAGAAUACCCAAAAGGAAACACUUUCAUUUGGUGGGGAUUUUCGUCGUGUACCUCAACUGUUGAAGUUCUUGAAUGUGAAGGCUUUUUUGGAAAAACUGGAACAAGAACCUUAUUCCAAAUUGACUGUUAUACAGGAAAAGAUGUAAAAAACCACUCGUUCAUUCGAGCAGAGGAGGAAAUUCUUCUGCUUCCUGCAAGACAAUUCCAGAUUACAUCAUGUCUCGAUUCUGGUAAUGGACUUCAUAUAAUACAGCUGAAAGAAAUAAAACCAUCGUUUCCCCUCCUCGAACUGUCGGAAACACCAAAUCCGGUAUUACUACCUAAGAAAGACUCGACCAUUGGACCACAAAUCAACGUCGAGUCUUCCAAACCAGCGCCAGCACUUGCAUCAACAGUACCAAUCGAAAAACACAAUUCAGUGACCGAUGGCUAUGGAUCUUAUACAUCAUCGGACGGCGGUCAUUACGAAGGUGAAUUCAAAGACGGGCAAAUGCAUGGUCGUGGUACUUAUAAAUUUAGUGACGGCGAUACAUAUGUAGGAGACUGGGAACAUGACUCAAAAUGUGGCUAUGGCAUUUAUACAUGGGCCUCCGGUCAACGCUAUGAAGGACAGUUUAAAGAUGACAAGAGAAGUAGUCAAGGAACUCAAAUGUUCGAUGAUGGACGAACAUAUGUUGGAGAAUGGGUGGAUGAUAGUAUGUCAGGUUACGGUGUUUGUACGUGGUCGGAUGGUGGCCGAUAUGAGGGUCAAUUUCAGGAUGAUAAUCGGCAUGGGCAAGGAACACAUGUAUUUGCCAAUGGAUGUAAAUACGUUGGUGAAUGGAAGGAUGAUACUGUGUGUGGUCAAGGUACAUUCACAUUCUCAGACGGUGCUACAUAUGAAGGUCAAUUUCAAGAUGGCAACAGGCAUGGGAAAGGAACACAGAUAUCUGCGGACGGUGCUAAAUACGUUGGAGAUUGGGUAGACGAUAGUAUGACUGGCCAAGGCAUUUAUACAUGGGCCUCUGGCCAACGCUAUGAAGGACAGUUUAAAGAUGACAAAAGCCAUGGUCAAGGCACUCAAGUAUUCGAUGAUGGACGAAUAUAUGUUGGAGAAUGGGAAGAUGAUAAUAUGUCAGGUCACGGUGUUUGUACGUGGUCGGAUGGUGGUCGAUAUGAAGGUCAAUUCCAGGAUGGUAACAGACAUGGAAAAGGUACGCACAUUUUUGCAAAUGGCUGUAAAUACGUUGGUGAAUGGGAAAAUGACACCAUGUGUGGGCAAGGCAUAUAUACGUGGCCUGACGGCAGUCGUUACGAAGGUCAGUUCAAAGAUGGAAACAGUCACGGACGAGGUACACAAAUAUUCGAUGAUGGGCGAAUAUACGUCGGAGAAUGGGAGGAUGACAAAAUGUCAGGGCACGGUGUUUAUACAUGGGCUUCCGGUCAACGCUAUGAAGGUCAGUUCAAAGAUAACAAAAGCCAUGGAAAAGGAACUCAAGUAUUCGAUGAUGGACGAAUAUAUGUUGGAGAAUGGGAAGAUGAUAACAUGUCAGGUCCAGGCGUUUGUACAUGGACAGACGGUGCUCGUUAUGAAGGUCAAUUUCGGAAUGGCAACAGACAUGGGAAAGGAACACAGAUAUCUGCGGAUGGCGCUAAAUACGUUGGAGAUUGGGUAGACGAUAGUAUGAAUGGCCAAGGCGUUUAUACAUGGGCAUCCGGUCAACGCUAUGAAGGACAGUUCAAAGAUGACAAAAGCCAUGGUCAAGGUACUCAAGUAUUCGAUGAUGGGCGAAUAUACGUCGGAGAAUGGGAAGAUGAUAACAUGUCAGGUCGAGGCAUCUAUACAUGGCCGGACGGUCAAAGAUAUGACGGGCAAUUUAAAGAGAACAAUCGUCAUGGUCACGGGCGGUGUCAAUAUGCCAGUGGUGAUAAGUACGAUGGCGAGUGGAUAGAUGAUCAAUUCUCAGGUUCCGGUGUGUACACCUGGAAGGAUGGGCGACAAUAUAAGGGACAGCUCAAAGAAGGCAAAAGUUGCGGACAAGGUACUCAAAUUUAUCCUAAUGGAGAUAAGUAUGAAGGCCAGUGGGAAGCUGAUGUGUUUUCAGGAGAAGGUAUUUUUACUUGGGCAUCUGGUCAGCGUUAUGAGGGACAAUUUAAAGACGGAAUUCGUUGUGGCUGGGGUAAACUUCGAUCUCCUGAUGGACAAACAAAAGAAGGCAUAUGGUUGGAUGAAGAAUGCACACCUGGCACACGGCCGCAGCUUUCAACGAAGAGUAACACAACAUCGACGUCUCCUGCAUCGUUGCCUUCUGCCGCCAGCCAUGGAACAUCUAAAAACUCGAAGUCAUGUGUUCUUUUGUGA